UCUCCGCUACCGAUUAUUGAGCUCUACAAGCCUGUGCCUAUUCCAGAAUCGACCACAUGCAAUGUCCAACAGACUUUGAUGGUUCACACCUUCGCAUCGAGCUAUGGCGUCCCUUAUGUUGGACAAUACACACCACCAGAAUGUGACUUUAACAGCGUCGUGAUUGAAUGGACUGUCACUAGCGCUGGCCGUCAGUUCGAUCGUCUGGCCGAGAUGUUCCUAGGAGACAUCGAGGUAUGGCGGACAAGCACUGCCGAGCCUACCGCCUCUGGUAUCAUCUUUCGGUACCAGAAGGAUCUGAGCAUGUAUUUGAGUUUGUGGAAGUCGCCACAGCAGCUCAUAUUUAGCUUGAAUAACGUCUAUGAUUCGACCUAUACUGGAGCAUUCAACACUACUCUUACAGCUACCUUCUCCUACAAUCCAGCCAAACCUGCACACGCCGAUCUGAUCUUGCCCAUCACUCCUCAACUUGGAGCUUCAGGUCAACCAAGCAUCUUUACUCUGCCAGGAGAUAGUGCAACAGUCCAGCAGACGCUUCCUCGAAAUGUUACUCACGCGACUGUAUCCAUUGCAGCCACUGGUCAAAGUAACGAAGAGUUCUGGUACACAAAUGCUCUUCAAGCCGAUAUCUAUACUUUCGAGUCCACUGUCGGGACUUUAAUCGGAUAUGGCCCUUUCCGUGAGGUUCAAUUGUACAUUGACGACAUGAUGGCAGGCGUUGCAUGGCCAUUCCCUGUCAUUUUCACUGGCGGCAUUGCGCCUGGAUUUUGGCGUCCUGUAGUAGGCAUAGAUGCUUAUGACCUACGAGAGUACGAAAUCGACAUUACGCCUUUCUUGCCAAUGCUGUUGGAUGGAAAGUCGCAUUCCUUCAGCAUCAGAGUUGUGGGUGUGGAUGAUAAUGGAGGCAAUGGACCAGCCACACUAUCCUCAAACAGUAUCAACAGCUAUUGGUUGGUCAAUGGCAAGGUCUUCCUCUACUACGGCGAUGAAGAGUACAAUGGCACUCAUUCUCCUCCAUCCAUCUCUACUUCGCCAACGAUUCAGACCACAUCCAACAUCAUCAGCACGGCCAAUGGCACAAACACAACCUUGUACUACACAACCACCGCCAAACGCACCUUCACAGCAAAAUCGCCCUUCGGCACUUGGACCCAAAGCCUCUCCUACAGUAACGACGGCUACCUCGGCGAAGGCGGCCUAGCAUCAAGCAACAUCCAGACCACCACAGGAACCUCUGCAGCAGUCCUUCUCUCAGCCCCAGAGUUCUCAAACACCCUCAGCUACACCUACCCCAUAACCGCAAACUCCACGUACGCAUCCACUAACUUCUCCGUUUUCGAUGCGUACGUAGACUACGGACUCAAGAUCUCGUCAUCAGGACGUCCGGAUGUAUCGACGUACACACUGGUUAGUGGGCCUAUGGAUCUGAUUGCUCGACAGUUUGGAAACGCGUAUUACUCGAGUGUAGCGAAUCAUAGUUAUUCGUAUGGUGUUAUGGAUAAGAAGUUGCAAGAGGAGAGUUAUGGAACUAGUUAUUCGAGACAUGUUAAGACGGACAACUUGACCAUU